AUGGCGUCGCGCUCCCUUGACCUUGUUGUCGCACCGACUGGGCCGUGCAAGCUGCUAAGGCACUGGAUCAAAGCGAUCAACACAUUCACAUCUGAACCUUUUGUUGGCUCACCGGGCUACCCGGAUAACGUGAGGCCCGACAGGAAAGGAGGUUAUUGGGUGGCGUUGCACCAUGAGAAGAAUGAGUUGCCUAUUGGUCGUGAUAGCCAUCUUCUCGUUGUGAGGAUCGGUGCUAACGGGAAGAUAGUCGAGGAGAUGAGGGGGCCAAAGGGCGUGAGGCCAACCGAAAUAAUGGAGAGAGAGAAUGGGAAACUCUACUUAGGUUCGGUGGAGCUUCCUUAUGUCGGUGUAGUUAAACGCAAGUAG